CAGCGCCACCGGUGAUACAGUAAAUGGGCAAUCACAGCUGCAUUUUACCACAGCAGUGAUCGGCACCGAUCAUCAGGGCACUGAUGAUCAGUGCCCUGAUGGUCAGUGCCCAGCAGUGCAGCCCACUUGUGCCACCCACCUGUGCCCACCAGUACCACCCACCUGUACCCAUCAGUGCCACCCACUUGUGCCCAUCAGUGUUACCCAACUGUGCCCAUCAGUGCCACCCACCUGUGCCCAGCAGUUCCUAGCAGUGCACCCAUCAGUGCUGCCCAGC